AACGUCAAACGUGAGAACGUCGCUUCGCAGGCCCGUCGUAUUUGCGUAUCUUUUUACCAACAGGUUAAUUUUCGCGAGAAGAUUGAGCCUGAAAUUUUAAGUCUGUCGCUAUACCGAAUCGCGUCGAAAGUCUAUCUGAAAGACACUGAAAGGAUAUAAUCGGCAGUCUCGAAAUUCCGACAAUCCGAGGAAUUCUUGCCUUAUCUCAAUACUUAUUUUAAGGCAAAUUCAACCAAAUUCUGGACCGAUUAAUUCGAUCAAUGAUUAUAUAAUUCAUCAAAUAAAAAUUUAACGCGGAAAUAGUAAUUUUUGUCCUUUAAUCGUUUUAACGUAUGGAAAAUAAGAUUAAAUUAUGAGAUUACGCGGUUAAAAAUUUUGUUCUAAGCGAUUUUGCCGCCUGAACCGUUCGUCAAUUAAGUUAAUUAGGAGUUUAAUUUCUCUCCUUCUCACAAAUUGUAACUUUCUCGAGCGCGUUUUCCUCUAUAUUAGCGACACCGCUCGUCGUUAACGCCUCGUGUAAAUGAGACUUGACGCUAACCGCCGAUCAGCCGCAGCAUCCGCACUUGUCAGUGGACGGAUUUCCCUCGCUUCUCGUUUCUUCGACGAUUUGUUUAGUAGACAGCCGAUACCUGCAGUGACAUAUACUCUUAAAGUUACGUCAGCCGUAAAUUCGAGCGCGACAAAGAGGACUAUCAUGCCGUCGACGCGAGAUCUCGUCAGCGACUUCAUCGCGAAGGACUCGGUCGUCAUAUUCUCCAAAACGUCCUGUCCUUACUGCAAAAUGGCCAAGAAGGUAUUCGACUCCUUGAAGAAACCUUAUACGGCGAUAGAGUUAGACGAUAGGGAUGAUGCACAGGAGAUACAAGACAUAUUAAAUGAAAUAACUGGCGCCAGAACAGUGCCCAGGGUAUUCCUUAACGGAGUGUGCUUAGGAGGCGGUACCGACGUGAAGAAAUUAUACGACAGCGGCGAGCUCGAAAAAAAAUUUUGAAUUUUCAUUGUCGAAGCAUGAUCUUAUUGCGUAAAUACUUAAUACGUAUAUAAUAUAUUGCUCGCAACAAGAAGCAAGAAAAAAAUCUAUUUCAACACGAAAAUAUAAAACAAAAU